GGCCAUUACAGAAGUCAACAUGGAGGACAGGGUGGAUGUGAGGCUGGGAGAUACUGCACAGAUCACCUGCAUAUUCUUGACAGAGGAUGGGCCCGGGGGAAACAUUAUUCAGUGGUUUUAUGUGACACGAACAGGAGAGAAGCAGCGGAUCUACUACCUUGAGAGCGGCAUGAGUUACCCAGAGAAAGGAACGCCUUUCUCAGACAGGAUCAGUGUGAAUGGGACCGGGGCCACUGGAGAGGUGGUGCUAACUAUCGACGAUGUCCAACUAAAGGACGAAGUAGAAUUCAUUUGUAUCGUCAAAAGUCUCACUGAUGGCACCGCGGAGGGGAGGACCAAGCUCAGAGUGUUUCAAGCCCCAGCCCCACCCACCAUUGUAGGAGCACAAAAAGGGAUCUCCAUCAAUGAAGACACUCUGUCAAAAAUUGGGACCUGCGAAGUCAAAAAUGGCUAUCCUAAGCCAAAUAUCACAUGGUACAAAGACAAAACACCAAUACGCAGCAGUCUUGAGGAAGUGCGCGUUUCGCCUAGCAUCACAACUGAAUCCAGUGGGCUAUACUCAGUGAAAAGUGAAUUGUCCAUGAAAGUUAUAAAAGAGGAUGCAGAUGCUCUCUUCUCUUGUGAGAUUACCUACUUUGCUCCUGGGGGGGAGACUCUAAUGGUUGAGACAAGUCCUAUCAAUAUCACUGUGUACUAUCCACACACUGCUCUAAAAAUGUGGGUAGAGUCACCAAAAGGUCAAAUCAAGGAGGGUGACAACGUGGUGAUCCACUGCUCUGGUGAUGGCAAUAAUCCAUACACUUCCUUCUCUAUAAACAGCAAACAGACGUUAUCAUCAGACAGCAGUGAAUUAGUGCUUGAAAAUGUCACCCGUCUGAACUCUGGAGAGUACGUCUGUACUGCUUUGGACAUGGAAAGCUUUAAUGAAAUCACUGAAAACAUUACAGUAUUUGUCAACUAUCUAGAAGAUGUUGUGAUUAAGCCUGAGAAAAUCAUUGAAGUGCCUCAAGGAGAAGAAGGGCAGGCAACAUGCAAUGCCAUGUCCUCUCUGCCAACGCAAACAUCCUGGUUUAAGAAUGGAGAGGAGGUUGCCAAAGGCCAUACUUUGAUCCUAAAUGAUGCUACAUUCGACACAGCUGGGACUUACGUGUGCGUGGUGACGGCACAGGAAGUGGAAGGACUGGAGAGGAUUGGGACACUCCGAGUUUACAUUCAGGGCAAACCUGAGAUCCUGCCUCCAGUCAGUACUGAGAUAGAAGAGAGCAUGGACACGACAGUGGACCUCAACUGCUAUGUCCGAGGAUACCCUUAUCCCACUGUCACCUGGUCCACAUCUGAGGGAGAGAGCCUACCUGCAGCUCCAGAAACAGAAACAGACGAUGGAGUCCUUAGUACGGUCAGUGUCAAGGUAACGGGCGACGUCAUUGUCUUCUGCAACGCCACCAGCUCUUUAGGAGAGGACUCUAUGGCCUUCAACAUCAAAGCUAUCACACACACUACACCAGAAACCACUAGCCCCACCAUAAGCCCCUCCACCACCGUCACUACUCAUUCUCCAGUCAAACCUCAAACAGAUAACCCUUCAGAGACUCUCAAGAAAGAGGGCAGUGGUGUUAUCAUUGCAGUCAUCAUCAUAUGCAUCCUGCUGCUGGCCAUUUUGGGCAGUGUACUCUAUUUUCUUUACAAAAAGGGCAAGAUCUGUGGUCGAUCAGGCAAGCAAGAUCUAAGUAAAGGAAAGGCUGGUAAAGACAACAUUGUUGUGGAGAUGAAGAGUGACAACACAGAGGAAGCGGUGCUCCUUGGUGUCAAUGGAGAGAAGCAACUUCAGUGAAAAUUGUCCUGCAUUGUGGGGGGACAGUAGGUGACAGCUGCUACCUCCUCUCCUUCUCCUCUCAGGCUCAGAUGAGAUAACUCUGCCUUCUGCUUCUACCGGACCUCCUUAUACUCUGAGUGAAGUGAUCAAAAAAAAGCCUUAGCUGUUCACUGGAGCUCCUUGGACUUGCUGCCCUUUACAGCCUGGCAUUUUUGUUCAAAUAGCACAAUUGUAUAUGAUGCCCUGGACUGCCUGCGGACUGAUUGUCUAUAGAUCUGCUAUUAUAGCACGGAUAUUUUUUUCUACCCCUAUGGCAUCACCUCAGGCAAAGCAAUCACCAAAGAGCAGCUAAAAAGCUCUUAUUGUGUAUAUAUGAAACCUUUAUGUAUAUAUUUCUUUAUUUAAACAUAUAAAUAAAAAUACAAAAAAGACAAGAA